CUGCUCUGGUCUCUUGCAGAACGGUCGAGCGAUGCCUCCUCUGUUUUUGACCGCGAUAAAAGGGUGAAAUAGCAACCCACAGUUUUUCUAGCCCAGCUCAGAGGAAGGGAAGGUAUCUCGGAUUUGUAUGAUCUAUCAUCCUUAAGAGGACGGGUGCUACAGCUUUUGCAAGAGGAAAUAGAAUAUAAUGCGCCAUCCAAGUAGAGCAUCAGUUGAUUCAGAGGUGGGGACGAGGUUCUAGGCCACAGUAGCCUGGACCCCUUCUGUGUCCACCGGAUGUCCAAGUUUUGGAAUGGGAGACCUGCGGAAGUGCCUAGCCAGCGGGGAAUAUGGCAUGCUGAAAGAUUGUCCUCUAUUUGAAAGCAAUUUUAUGCAGGUUACUAAGACAGGGGAUAUUGCCAACAAAGUCACUGUGGGCAUCGCUGCCAGCAGCCCGAGCCUGGAGAUGCCUGAUCUCAUGCUUCUGGCACGGCCGUCACCCUCCCUAACAGGACAGUGUGAGUGCCAGUGUCCUGAAGCAUUGCCUUUCCCAGAUGAGGAGCUGCAGCUGUUUGGGCUUCUGCCCUUGAAGUUCGUCCGCCUCUACGUCCAUGAUGAGUCACGAUUCCAGCUCAAAGUCUGCCUGGCCAAUGGCCGCACCUUUUAUCUGCAGCUUCUAACACAUCCCCUCAAGCAGGAUCACGUCUUUGGGCAGUGGGUACGGCUGCUGUACCGCUUGCGCUUCUACCACAGUGAUGCCCCCCUUACUUAUGAACAGGAGACUGCAGCAUAUCGCCAGAAAAAAGGCUUUUCUUAGCAGGAGGAAAAGAGAGCACAUUCUCCCGGUGAGGAAGAAGACGCUCAGGGGAACCAAGGAUUUCUUUAUCUAUCCCCCUCAACAAAUACAAAGUAAGGUUCUCCUCCCAGCUCAGGCUCGCCGGUGUUGGAUACCGUUCCUCCCUGUGUGAAGCUACUGCAAACUCCCCUACCCAAAGAGGAGACACUCUCCCCCCCACUUCCCCAUCAAUAAAUGAAUGAACAAAACUGCCUUCUGCACAGCUGAUAAUUGUAAGUCAUCUGCUCAGAGCAGCCACCCUCUGAACUCAUGGCUGGAACAUCUUUUCCUCCACUGUCUU